AUGCGAUUCUUCGCAUUUCUGCCCCUGCUACUAUGCGGAGCUCUGUCGAGUCUUUGGGCCUCUGCGACGGAUAAUGGCAAGACGACAGAUGUGACGUGGGACAAGUAUAGUUUGUCUGUCAAGGGCGAGAGGUUGUUUGUUUUUGCGGGUGAAUUCCACUAUAUGCGAUUACCUGUUCCGGAGCUAUGGCUGGAUGUAUUUCAGAAGCUGAGAGCGAAUGGGUUUAAUGCUGUGUCUCUCUACUUCUUCUGGAGCUUCCACUCGGCGUCGGAAGACACUUUUGACUUUGAACAUGGUGCCCACGAUAUCCAACGCGUUUUCGACUACGCCAAACAAGCCGGUCUGUACGUGAUUGCUCGCGCCGGUCCCUACGUCAACGCCGAAACCUCCGCGGGGGGGUUCGCCCUCUGGGCAUCCAAUGGCCAAAUGGGGUCCGAACGCACCAGCGACCCGAAAUACUACGCCAAAUGGUACCCGUGGAUCGAGAAGAUUGGCAAGAUCAUCGCCGACAACCAAAUCACCAAGGGUGGACCGGUGAUUCUCAACCAGCACGAGAACGAACUCCAAGAAAACUCCCACACCGCGGAUAACACCGUUGUCAAGUACAUGGAGCAGAUUGCGGCGGCCUUUGACGAGGCUGGGAUCGUGGUGCCGAGCACACAUAACGAAAAGGGCAUGCGGUCACAAAGCUGGUCGACUGAUUACCAGGAUGUUGGCGGUGCGGUGAACGUGUACGGAUUGGAUUCGUAUCCGGGUGGGUUGUCGUGUACGAAUCCGGACUCGGGAUUCCGUCUGGUGCGGACUUAUUACGAGUGGUUUCAGAACUAUUCGUAUACGCAGCCCGAGUAUGUGCCUGAGUUUGAGGGCGGGUGGUUUCAGCCGUGGGGUGGGUUUUUCUACGAUCAAUGUGCCGCGGAGCAUUCGCCCGAGUUUGCCGAUGUUUAUUACAAGAAUAAUAUCGGGUCGAGGAUCACGUUGCAGAGUCUGUAUAUGGUGUUUGGCGGGACAAAUUGGGGCCAUUCGGCGGCUCCGGUGGUGUAUACCUCGUACGACUAUUCGGCACCGUUGAGGGAGACGAGAGAGAUUCAGGAUAAGCUCAAGCAGACCAAGUUGAUUGGGCUGUUUACACGAGUCUCGUCCGGGCUGCUGCAGACGGAGAUGGAGGGAAAUGGUACGGGGUAUACGAGUGAUAACAGCAUCUACACGUGGGCGUUGCGCAACCCCAAGACCCAAGCUGGUUUCUACGUGUUGGCUCAUGAUCAGAGUCAGUCUCGAGACGUGACCACGUUUGACUUGAGUGUGAACACUUCGGCUGGAUCUAUUACCAUCCCCGAUAUUGAGUUGGCCGGACGCCAAAGCAAGAUCAUCGUCACCGACUACGAGGUCGGCAAAGCAUCGAGCUUGCUGUAUUCCUCGGCCGAAAUUGUGAGCUAUGCGACGCUCGAUGUGGACGUGAUUGUCUUCUACUUGAACAUUGGACAGAAGGGGGUCUUCGCCUUCAAGAAUCCUCCUGCCAAAUUGACGUUCAAAACCUUUGGUAAUUCAAACCUCACCUCCACCGCAUCCACAGCGGGAACGGAAUACUCGUAUGUUCAGGGCCAGGGAACGACGGUGAUUCAGUUCUCGAAUGGCGUGCUUCUCUAUUUGCUGGACAAGGAGACGGCUUGGAACUUCUUCGCCGUGCCAACGACAUCCAACCCUAUCGUGUCUCCUAGCCAGCAGGUUCUCGCGAUUGGGCCGUAUCUAGUUCGCGAGGCGGAAUUGACGCACGACCGUGUGGCUCUGACGGGUGAUAAUGCAAAGACCACAACUAUUGAAGUAUACCCCGGAACCUCCAAAGCCAAGAAGAUCAGGUGGAAUGGAAAGAACAUCCCUACUAAGAAGACGCCGUACGGCAGUCUUAUCGGAACCGUCCCCGGUGCGGAGGAUGCCCGCAUCUCCUUGCCAACUCUGACCUCGUGGAAGUCCCAAGACACGCUUCCGGAGAUCCAACCCGACUAUGACGACUCCAGAUGGACGGUGUGCAACAAGAGCAGCUCGGUCAACUCGGUCAAGCCACUCACCCUCCCCGUGUUGUAUUCGGGUGACUAUGGCUACCAUGCAGGCACCAAGAUCUAUCGAGGUCGAUUCGACGGCCGCAAUGCGACUGGGGCCAAUGUGACCGUGCAGAACGGAGCGGCCGCGGGCUGGGCCGCCUGGUUGAACGGAGCGUACGUCGGCGGUGCUUUGGGUUCCCCCAGUGCCGCCUCAACCUCGGCCGAACUGGCGUUUAACCAUUCUUCGCUCCGAGACCGCGACAACGUUCUGACCAUCGUGACGGACUAUACCGGCCACGAUGAGGACAACGUCCGACCGGCCGGCGCACAGAACCCACGCGGCAUCCUCGGCGCAACCCUGCUGGGUGGAGGGACUUUCACCUCCUGGCGACUUCAAGGCAAUGCCGGCGGCGCCAAUAUCGAUCCCGUCCGCGGGCCGAUGAAUGAGGGUGGCCUGUACGGCGAACGCAUGGGCUGGCAUCUUCCGGGCUACCAGCCGCCGAAGCAUGCGGGCACCUCCUCCCCACUGGAGGGAGUGUCGAACGCAACGGGCCGAUUCUACACCACGACCUUCAAGCUCCAUCUGGAUGAAGAUCUGGACGUGCCGAUCGGACUGCAGCUGGGGUCGGCGGCGGAUACAGCGGCAGUGGUGCAGGUCUUCAUGAACGGAUACCAGUUUGGGCACUAUCUGCCACAUAUUGGGCCCCAGACGCUGUUCCCUUUCCCGCCGGGGAUCAUCAACAAUCGCGGGGAGAACACGCUGGCGAUCAGUCUGUGGGCGUUGACCGACCGCGGUGCCGCCCUCGAUCGGCUGGAACUGGUUCCGUAUGGAGCCUACCGCACUGGAUUCGACUUUAACCAGGAUUGGUCGUACCUGCAGCCGCAGUGGAAGAAUGAUCGUGGGUCGUAUGUAUGA